CAGUUCGGUCGUUGAUAUGUGGGUGCGCGUUGGUCUAAGUGAUUGAAGUAGUGAAAAACAAGAAGCAAAUUUAGAUACAAGAUACUUUGUGUCUGACAAAUACGAUAAAACAGUUUUCUGUCCAGUGCAUGGAUAUAGAGUGCAUUACUAGCGAACCGCACAAUCUGAUAGAUAAUUCGAGUUGUAGCUGCACGUUGCCGAGCACAGCGAAUGCUGCUCAAUGAUGCUAUUGCCUUCGGGGCGUUCGAAUAGUGAUGUUCACCCACUGCAAAACACACCGAAGCCACAAUUUUUGACAAGAACAUCAUCGCCUCAAUUAACUUUAAAUGCAAUAAAUAAAACGGAAAAUGGUGGGUACACGCUAUCAGCAACGCCAGUUAAAACAGCAUCAGCCAUAAACGCACCGGCAGCACAAACAACGGCAGCGUUGUCCACAUCGCCCGGAAGUUACAACGAAACCGGAACUGCUGUUGACCAUAUUUUAACGUUUCCAAACUUCGUUGGCAAUUCGGUGGCCAAUAAAGCAGCAGUAGCAGUUUUGGGUAACGUAGGAAAUUGGAAAGAAAUCGAUCGACACUUGGAAGCGAUACAAAAUAAACUUAAAGAAGGUUGGACCGUACAUGUCGGAAAGGAUGGACGUUUAUAUUAUUGCAACCAUCUCACACAAACCGCUGGCUGGUUGCCGUCAUGUGAAGAUUGGAGCAAACACGAAGAAUUGCCUUAUGGCUGGGAGAGAGCAAUUGAUGCUAAAGGACGUUCUUAUUUCAUAAACCACUUAAAUAAAACCUCAACAUAUGAAGCGCCAGAAAGCGUACGAUGGGAUGAAAAUCCCCCAGAACCACGGGAAGUAGUGCUGCAACGUAGCACUACGUUAGGUUUUGGUUUUGUGGCAGGCAGUGAGAGACCAGUUAUAGUAAGAUUUGUAACAGAAGGUGGACCAAGUAUAGAUAAAUUGCAACCCGGUGAUCAAAUUCUUGCCGUAAAUGGUGAAGAUGUCAAGGAAGCACCACGUGAUCGUGUUAUACAGUUAGUGCGUGCCUGUGAGUCACAAGUGAGUUUGCUAGUAUGUCAACCAAUGCAUAAGGUAGCACCAGGACGUAAGUCAACCUUACUUUCUGCUGUGAAGCGCGCCAAAUUACGAACAAGACCAAGUCGUGUGCGAUUUGCUGAAAGUGUUUGCGUUAAUGGAGCACCGCUAUUUCCGCCUUCAGCAUUUUCAUUAGGUGAUAUUUGUGUACCACCAAUGGCAAAUGUGCUCAAAGUAUUUCUUGAAAAUGGUCAAACAAAAUCGUUUAAGUAUGACGCUACGACAACAGUUCAGGAUGUAGUUUCUUCUUUGCUAGAUAAACUGUGUUUAUCUACCGGUGAGAUAUGUAGUCUUGUCUUAGAACACGUGAAAAGUCUGAAGAGAAACAAAUUAACCUUACUUGAUCCUGAAGAAACGUUGGCUCGGAUAGCAGCACGUCCUGGCGCCCAUAAACUGCGUUGCCUUUUCCGUGUUACUUUUGUGCCAAUUUCAGCCGCCGAUUUAGCUCAAAGAGAUUUGAACGCAUUGGAUUAUCUUUAUAUGCAGUGUUGUAAUGAUGUCACACAGGAGCGUUUUGCCCCAGAGCUACAACCGGAAGUAGCUCUGCGCUUAGCAGCGCUGCACAUACAUCAGCAUGCUUUGGCCAAUAAUGUAGCACCGGCAAAGUUAACAGUCAAAGUUGUUGAGCGCGAAUUUGGUUUAGAACGUUUUGUUCCAAUAUCACUUUUUGAGGGUAUGAAACGUAAAGAAUUGAGACGCUUAAUAUCACAUUUUCUUAAAUUAAAUGCCGAAAUGACGGGUUCAUCUACCAAAGUUUUAACGCAACUACAAGCCAAAUUACAUUAUUUGGAUAUUAUUUCAAGUUUACCGAGUUACGGUGCCAAAUGUUUUAGCACUAACCAAAGAGAAGGAGUGGAACGUGUACUGCUUGUAAGUCCACGUUUUGGACUAAGUCAAAUUUCCAAUGUGAGGAACUCUGUGCCUCAACCCAUAUCAGCUAUCGAAGAUUUUAGUCAUGUUAUAGUCAAUCGUGAAGACGAUGUUACUUGCACCGUAGGCAUAUUUAUGCAAGGCGAUCGUGUAGUUAAGUAUUCCAUGGAAGAUCGUGACGCUUGUGAGUUUUCCCUGGUGUUAGCAGGUUAUUAUCGGCUGCUGACGGGUAAAGACUUACUUGUAGAUCGAGAACGAGAACCCUACGAUGAAGAUAAUGCUCCCUCUUAUUUAGCACAGCAUACGGUUUUACCAGCGAAUUGGAGUUACCUACAACCUUUUCAUAAUCGUGCACAUAGCAUCAAUUUCCUUAUGCCUCCACCUUAUCAUCAUAUAAAACUGAAACCAACAGCAGCUAUUAACGAACAACAUGAUUUAUCUUCUGCAUUAUGUGAUCGAAAUAUGAAUUCGGCGAAUGUUAUUAACAGCAACCAUAUGCACAACAAAGUGCCAUUUAUCAACAAUACAGCGAUGGAUCUUGAUAUACAUAGCGUUAUGGCAACGGAAUUGUUAGAAGAGGCUAAAGAUUCCGGUCUGAGCGAUAGCAGUGGUGGUGGUAGCAAUUACUGUGAGCGUCAAACAAGUAGCAAUAGCAGUGCAUUUAUUGAGGCUAGAAAUGAGGAAGUUCUCCGUAGAGUACAUGAAAUGCAAAAAAUGGUAGAGAACUCGGAACAGUAUUUAACUGAACAAGGUGAAUUUGUACAAGAGUAUCAAGCAGGUCGUAAAGCUGCAGAUACCAAUUCAUGGAAAAAUGAUACAUCAAUUGCAAAUACUGCGGUUACUACAACAACAACUGGUGUAUUUGAGUUCGAUAGUGACUGUGACAGUCUCAAUAGCAGUAAAGUAUCAUCAACUGAAGAUACUCCACAACCAGGCGCACUUAAACACAGUGAUUCUCUAGUGUUGCUAGCAGAAGCUAUUAAUCAGGAUUUAAGUGGCAUUACUAAAGGAUUAAAUUCAAUUGGUGGUAGCCAUCAAGAAUUGCAAAUAUAUCGACCAAGCAUAAGUGCAGCAUCCAGUCCACGUCCAGAACGCAAACUAAAUGGAUUUGGUCAGCUGCUCAGCAAUUUACAGUCACUGAGCACUGAUUUUUCGCAAAGUGAAAGUGAUUCAGAGUCAGUGAAUUCACCUACUAGUUCACCUAUUUCACGCAGACCAUCACUACUAAAUACCAGUGAAACAUCUAGUCGUAAACGUAAUUUAGCCUACCGUACCAGUUUUGGCUUACAUAGUCCUGAUGGCAGCAAUUUUGGACCAGAAACCAAAGACUAUAAUUUAAAAGAGUAUUUAAAACAAUUGAAAGAAAUCAGUAAUGUUGAUCAUAUGAAUCAAGAUACUGAUGAGGCAGCGAAGAAGCUUUCAGAAAUUUAUGGCUUUGAAAUAAGAGGAGAUACAUUCAUUGACAUGGAUUCAGAUUUAAUUGAUUUACGUGCCAUACCGCCACCGCAAACACCGGAUGAACUUGAUGCUUUAUCCUUGUUGAAUGCUGCACCACAAGGAUUCGAUGAUAGUUCUUUGAAAAGAAUAAAUGAUAAUGACGUAGAUGGGGACUUGGAUAAGUUUCUUGCGAAAGUGGUAGUAGCUCCACCUACGCAAAAGGCAACACCUGCUAAAGAACUAACGCCUGAAGAAAUAAUGUCGUUUAUAAUACCACCGCCACCAAGCUUAGAAGAUGUUGAAAAAACUAAAACAACUAAACCACAGGAAAACAAUAUUAACAGAAAACCUACAUAUCCAGAACCAACAGAAAGUUUGUAUAGUAAUUCAGUUAGUGAAAAAGCAGCAUUCUUCAAUCGGAAACUACAAGCAAUAGAGUCAGCUACUGAUGCGCACACUAAUUCCAAACAGCACGCUGCAGUGGGACAUGUCAUCGAAUACGCUACAGUGGAGCGAAAAAGUAAGUUUUCUUGUUGCCCUAAAUUUAAAAAAGAGGAUAACUCCGAAAUAACGAUAAAUACAACUGACGAAAUAUCAGAUCUGAAAUUACCACCACGUUCUCAAGCAAUAGAUAGUUCACCUCCAGCGAGACCACCAAAGAGUGCAGAAUUAAUUCAGCGAUUUUCACCUAAAAAGCAAUUACCUGUUGCUGCUGUUACACAAACUGUUGAGAACAAUAAGCAACGCGCAGGUCAUCCAUUCCAAGACGAACGACAACCACCCAUGCUACCGCCACGUAUAAGCCAAACAAACCGCAACGAUGAACGCUGUAUAUCACCCACGGUGAGUGCCCCCAAAAAACCACCAUUGCCACCAAUUGCUAGCCGACCCCUUUUACGUGGUACUCCUGUAUCAAUACCCUAUCCAACAAAUGGCACGACACCACCGACAGUGCAACCUCGUUCAUUCCUCGUCUCUAGUCCCAAUGCAGCACAACAACAUCAACAACAACAACCACUACCAAUACCAAAUUCUCCUCAUUCCAAUGGCCAUAGUCGUACCAACAGUGAUUGCUUUCAAAAUUCACCCAUAGACAAGCGACCACAAAUGUUGCUUCUAUGUUCACCACAAAUGCAGCGCCGGAUUCCAACAACUGUCAAUACCACUAGUCCCACAAUACAAGCAAACAACAGAACCUAUCAUUAUGGUGAUAAGCUUAUAAUUAAAAAUGGGCACGUAAUUGAUGGUGAAGCAUUGCUGGCCAAGACAGACGUUGCAAUGGCAGGGCUACUAGUUAAACUGGAUCAAGUUGCAGCACAGUGUACUGCAGCACAAUCGGCCGGUGGUGGGGCUAGCAUUGAUGAGGAUAAGUUUCAACGCGCACGCAACGAGCUUACGGAACAAACACUUGUGCUUGUUACCGCUUCUAAAUUUCUCGUAGUCGCUAUGUCUGAUAUGACACUUUCCACAUUACCCGAACAUCUGACAUCGUGUUUGACAGCCAUCAAAAGAAUUACCGAGCUUGCACAAGACAUGGCACGACACACCUCAUCACCACUACAAACGCGCAAUAUUGUAUUAAAAGUACAUGAUGUCGCUUCCAGUUUUCGCGAAUUGGUAGGCGUGCAAAUAGGACCAUUAGGGGCAGGACAAUUGGCGCUUCAAGCUGAAUGCCUAGCCAAUGUUUUGGCUACGCUGCUACGCAGUUUACGCGUAUUCUCCCCAUAAUAACGCAUCCAAAUCAUAUCGAACCAAACAAACCAUAUCAUAAGCCAUUUUUGAACAAGUUGUGAAAUUACUCGAAACUUAAGAAAUUUAACUUUUUAUCACAUUUAGAAUUUACUAUCCAAACGUAUAUACUUAUCUCUUAUCCUAAACAUAUCGAAUACAUAUAUUUCUUAUAUUUAACCAACACACAGGUAUAUUAGUAAUGAACUAUUGGACUUUGUUUACAACUUUCUCUUUACAGGUAAAACAAUUCUCUCAUUAGGACUUAACUCAUAAAAUUAGUAAACAAAUUUCUACCAAACAAACUACUAAAAUCUCUAAAAAACACACUAUAACUUUCGAUUUAUAUUAUAUACAUACAUAUAUGUACACUAUAUACAUAAGUGAUUUUUUAUUUACUAAGCUCAAUAUUUUUAUUUUCCAAAGAGGAAAUGUUUUAUCAGAUGUACCGAGUUUACAUCACAUGCCUAAUGGUUAACAUUUAAAAUUACGUUCUUGAGUAGAAUAAUUAAGUUAAUUUAAAUUUAAGAUAUUUUCAUGUGUAAAUAAUAUUGACCAAACAAUAAUCAAAAUUUUAACUUGUGAUAAUAUUAUAAGGGUAUUCCGCAGAGGUGUAGAAUUUUAAAUGGUGCAAACAAAAAAGUAGGAUGGUCAGAUCAGUGUACCAUAAGAGUAGAUAGGAAUUGUAAUAGACUUUUUUUUAAAAAAACAUAAAUAUGAAAAUGUAAAUUUAUAUGAAGGGAUUUUAAAAACAAGAGAACGACUUAAAAACAAAGAGAAGAGAUAUUAACAACACGUAAACACAUAUAAAGAAAAAGAUGAGAUAUUGCAAAAGGUAAUAAGGUGAAAAAAGAAAAGAAAAAGAGGCUAUGAGGAGGAAACUGCUAUAAGGAAAAGCCAUAAGGCCCAUGUUAUGUAGAGUAUUACAGGGAUGUCAAAAUUGAUUAUUUCGGGCUAUGACGAAAGUGCAUGUUAUACAGAAUGUCAGAAAUUGUAAUUCACUUAAAAUCUUGACAUUUGUUACUAAACUGAAUAUUAGCUUGACUUAGUGACGAAUCAGAGAUAGCCUGAGCUCUCAUGAAGAAAUCUGAAUCGACACUCAAUUUUAUAAUUUGCAUUAAAAACUACAACAAUUUUGAUUUUGACGAGCCCAUAACAUGGUCAUAAGGUUCAAUGUAUCAUUAAAACAUCAUCAAAAGAAAUUGAAGCAAAUUUACACAUUUUAAUUCAGACAAGUUAAAUAGUUUGUUCUCUCUUUGUAAG